GAAGAAGAUACAGCUAAAUUCAUCUGAAAAUGUAUUUUAGAAGUUUGCCAGUUUUACUACUGCUGUGCCUUGGUUUUGUCUGCUCAGGUGAAACUUGUUUAAUCCGCUAUUCCAUUAACAUACUUGAAGAAGAACACUUCUCAAAUUGUUGUUAUGGAAAGAAAGAUGAAGGGUAUAAUGUAACCUGGUAUAGAGAAAAAGAUGGAAAACGGACAUUAAUUCAGCAAGGAGGAAGAAUAGUCUUGAAUGGGACUUCUUUGCAAUUUUGGCCAGCUAUAUUGAAUGACACUGGGAAGUACAUUUGCUCUCUCAGUAAUGGAUCAUACAGCACCAACCAUUCUUGGGAUUUGAAUGUGCUUCCAAAAAAUAAAGGAAGUUGUUUCUCCACAGAUCAUAUGUCAUCUGGUUCACCUGCAGUACUUGGAGAAGGUUAUUCAUUUUCAUGCAGUGCUGAGAGAUAUGAUGGAAAGGUUGUCAAUAAAACGUGGUAUAAGGUACUACACAAGGCAAUUUUGAGCAAUGGGAAAUCUGACUGUCUCUUUAAAGAAAAGGAGGAAUUGUAUAUAAAAAAGCUAACACUUGAAGAUUCUGGGAACUACACAUGCGUGGUGUCCUAUCUUCAUGCAGGAAGGAUAUACAAUGCAACAAACACAGUAGAAGUGCAAGUGACAAAAGACAUUCCUUAUGCAAAACCUGUGAUAAUAGGACCUAACUAUGAAGAAGUAGAAAUAGAAAUAGGUAAAGAAAAGAUGAUCAACUGCACAGCAUUCUUAGGUUACUCUAACAAUUCAUAUAGUCUUUAUUGGAUACACAACAACAAAUUUGUAGAUAUGUGUCAGGAUACCGCAGAUAGUGUAUCUCCUUGUGAAAUGGAAGAUCACAAAUAUUAUGAAGAAGGCAAAUUCUUUGUCUUGAAACAAUUGUGGAUUAAAAGUUUUCAAGAGGAAGAUAUCAGUGCUAUAUACAACUGCACUUUAUCAGCUGCUGAAACAAAAACAUUUACACUGAAGAAAGCUAAACUUUCAGAUCUCUCCCCACAUACCUUUGCUACCGGAAUGAUCGUGGUAAUACUGUGUUCCGUUGGUGCUGUAGUGGUGAUAAUUCUGUGUGUUGUGUUCAGAAUUGACCUUGCUUUACUGUACAGGGAUCUAGCAGCAAAAGAUGAAACUCUGGAAGAUGGAAAAAUAUAUGAUGCUUUUGUGUCUUACCUGAAAGACUGUAUACCAAUAUGUGGUGAAGAGAGAGAAUUUGCUCUGGACAUAUUGCCAAGAAUAUUAGAAGACCAUUUUGGAUACAACUUGUGUAUCUUUGAAAGGGAUAUUUCUCCUGGAGGAGCCAUCGUUGAUGAUGUCCAAUCAUUUAUUGACAAAAGUCGAAGGUUAAUUAUUAUACUGAGCAAGAAUUACAUCUCUGACAAAGUCAUGUUUGAGCUUGAAGCUGGAUUGCAUAAGGCCUUAGUUGAAAGGAAGAUCAAAGUAAUAUUGAUAGAAUACAUGCCUUUAAGGGAUUUUAGUUUUUUGCCUGAUUCAUUGGAGCUUCUUUCAUCCAGUCAGAGGAUAAAAUGGAAAGAAGAAAAGUCUCUCCGAUUAAAUUCCAGAUUUUGGAAGAAACUCCGCUAUGCGAUGCCUGCAAAAUCUUCCUCAAUUAAUGCACUGGCCUAUUUUCAUAGAAUACAUCCUAGGACAAAACUAAGUCAGUUUGCACCUCAUCCCAGGUGGGUUUCCUGAUCAGGGCUUCACUUCUGGGUUUCACUGAGGUAAGGGUAGUUCUUUUUCCUCAGUGUCUUUUUUGAUUCUUGGUAGAUUUGGAAGGGGUACUUUUCAGUAAUUGACUUGUAUUAUAGACAUAUUUGGGAUUUUUAUCUCCAAUCAGCAGAAAACAUAGGACAUCACCAUGGCUUCCAGUGCUUGCAUUCUGAAGAUUCACCACAGUUGUAAAAUAGAGACUAAAUCAUACUUUUGUUGUGGAUGAAUACCAUGUAUAUUGUCGUGAAGUAGAAUUCUGUGUCUCAAGAAAUUUCAGUUGGUGCUGUGUUUUAAAGAAUAUCUGUGAUUGAAAAACAGGGUAUGCUAAAGAGCAACUGGUGAUUUGGGUGUGUGUGUGUGUUUAAAAGAAUGUAUUUUGUUGCUUUUCAAAGAAGUUUUAAUGUAAUUGAUUAUAUA